CGGAAGAUUGGCAAUAGGCCGCGAGAGGGAUUCGAUCCCCUCCCGGUGCUCGAAGCGAGACCACUCACCUCACCUCUAAUCGGACCCGACCGGAGAGCGCGGCGCGGCGGCGGCGGCGGCGAGGAGGAGAGGCCGAUUCGCCGGAGAGAGAGAGAGAGAGAUGGCGUUCACGAUGCGCGCGGUGAAGGUGCCGCCGAACUCGGCGUCGCUGGAGGAGGCGAGGCACCGCGUGUUCGACUUCUUCAGGCAGGCGUGCCGCGCCAUCCCCUCCAUCAUGGAGAUCUACAACCUCGACGACGUCGUCACCCCGUCCCAGCUCCGCUCCUCCAUCGCCAAGGAGAUCCGCAAGAACCAGGGCGUCACCAACCCCAAGGUCAUUGAUAUGCUUCUGUUUAAAGGGAUGGAGGAACUGGGCAACAUCACCGAGCACGCAAAGCAGCGCCAUCACGUCAUUGGGCAAUAUGUGGUCGGCCAAAAAGGGUUGGUGCAGGACAUGGACAAAGACCAAGGGUCAUCGGACUUCCUGAAGAAAUUCUACACUAGCAAUUACUUCUAAUCUGAGCUGCAAACUCCCUUGUAAUACUGGAGAAGUGAUCUGAAUAAGACGCUGAGAACCCACAGCUCAAUUGUUUUUAUCACUGGAAUCCUUUUUGUUUUAUUCUGCUUGAUCCAUCAAUCAUCUGCGCAGUGUGGCGCUGGUGCUAGUGAAUUGGUUGUAACUUGUAGAUUGUACUCUGCAAAGUUGAUGUUCAUGAGUUCAUACCGUGUGCUGCUACUCAAUGGGUUGGAGCU